GACAAAACAAGAAAGAGAUACAAAAUUGAGCAGAAAAUCCAAGAUUCCUUCGCCUCUCCGAUUAUCGGUUCCCUCUUUGUUUUGGUAGUAAGCAAGAUUUCAUCUUUUCUGCAAAUUUAAGCAAUUGGGUUUUCAAUAUGAGUAUCAAAUAGCGCCUUCAAGUGAAUCUGAAUUGAUUUUCAUAUGUUUUCUGUAGCAGACUCUAUGUUGUUGUUGUUGUUGUUUUUGAGAACGAAGAGAAAUCAUAAUAAUAGCAUUCUAGGGCAUUCAAAAUUUGAAUACCGCUAACCCCAUUUCCAUUUGAGUAUCUGGGUUCAAAAUUUGAACUUUGUUUGUCUGAACCCAUAGCUCAUACCGUGUAAGUGGUGAUUAGUAAAUGGCAACUUGGAUUUAUGUGAAAACCCAAAGAAAUGGGUACGUGAGUUUAUGUGAUCCAAUGUUUCAUUUUCAUCUUGUGCGAAGGUUUUCUCUCUGGUCAAUGAAGAAAGAUCCAGAUCUUGAAGCUGCAUUACAUAGAAAUCGUAGAUGGGUAGUUAAUAAUCAGAUUAAGAACAUUAUUAUGAGAUGUCCUGACCAGGUUGCAUCAGUAAAGUAUCUGCAAAAGAAGUUCAAGACUCUUGAUCUUCAAGGCAAAGCUUUAAAUUGGCUUAAAAAAUACCCUUGUUGCUUUGAAGUCUACCUUGAGAAUGAUGAGUAUUAUUGUGGGAUGACUAAAAGAAUGAUGUUUUUGACUCAAGAGGAAGAGUCUGUAAAGGAUAUGCAAGAACCGUUAUACGCAGACCGAUUAGCUAAGUUGUUGAUGAUGACUCGUGAUCAAAGGUUGAAUGUUAUGAAACUUAAUGAACUGAGGAGAAAUUUUGGAUUUCCUGAUGAUUAUUUGCUCAGAAUUAUACCCAAGUACCCUCAAAUAUUUAGAGUUGUUAACCACACUGGGAGACGGAGUUCGAUGGAGAUAGAGCUCACAGCCUGGAGUCCUGAUUUAGCUAUUUCUGCAAUCGAAAAAAUGGCUAAAAAGGAUGGUCGAGAGCCAUGCUUUCCGUGCUCGUUGCCUCCAACUUGGGUCAAAUCAUUGGAAAGGUUUGAAGAUUUUAAUUCUACUCCAUAUAUUUCACCUUAUUCAGGAUUUGAUGGUUUAGUGGAGGGCUCAAAGGAAAUGGACAAGAGGACAGUGGGGUUGGUGCAUGAAUUGUUGUCAUUGACCUUGUGGAAAAAAGCAUCAAUUUUCAAAUUGGGCCAUUUUAGAAGAGAAUUAUGUCUACCAGAGAAAUUAAAUGUUUUUCUGCUCAAACAUCCUGGAAUAUUCUAUGUUUCUAACAGAUACCAAAUCUAUACAGUUCUCCUGAGGGAAGCAUAUAAUGGGUCUGAACUGAUUGAAAAGGAUCCUCUUCUUGUUGUCAAAGAAAGGUUUGGUGAAUUGAUGCAGGAGGGACUCCAUGAAUAUAAUCGCAGACAUUAUCUAUUAAAUUUGGAAAAGAAGAGGAACAGAGGCAUGAUAAUGCCAAAGCCAGAGAAAAGGAGGAACCAAAGCGACGAAACAUCAGAACAAGAUAAGGAGGGAGGAGAUCUAGGUGGCAUAUUUGAUCCGGAAGAGAGAAAGCGGUUUUACAAAGUUCUGUUUGAUGACAAUGCUCCAUAAGGAAUGGAAGAUGUAAACAUAUCCAUAUUAACAUCAGUUUAUUUCUCUGAUCUCCUUGUGCCUCUCCCUGUUGCCCUACCAAGAAAAGCUUAGAAGAUGAGCUAAAAGAAUCAGUUAGGAUCAGCUCCUUUCUUUCUCUCCUUAUAUAUUUGUUUCAGGUAAAGAUUGGCUACUUCUGAAUGAUGAUAUAUGUCUGCACCUAAUCUGCUCUAUUCAUUUUGUUAAAUGUCUUUUUGUUGUUGAGAGCU